AUGGCCGCCGCCGCCGACUCCUCCAAGCCCCCGCGCGCGGCCGUGGUCCCCGCCCGUCCGCUCCUCCUCGCGCUCCCCUUCCUCUCCCUCCUCCUCCUCCACCUCUACGUCUACUCCACCUCCUCGCGCCCUGCAGGCCUCUCCGUAACCGCAACAACCGUCGCCUCCACAACUGCCACCACCCCCACCACGGUGCCGCUGACCCCGUCCCCGCCGUCCCCACACAUCCGGAUGCGGCGGUCGCGGUACCGGUCCUACGACGACUACCUCCGCCACCAGCUGAACAAGACGCUGGACCCGCGUCUCCGCCGCGUGUGGGCGACGCGGGACUGGCGGCGGAAGGUGGACGCGUUCGCGCGCCUCUUCGCGGGGCUCCGUGACGAGGGCCUCCUCUCCGACGCCUCCCGCGCGCUCUGCGUCGGCGCGCGCCUGGGCCAGGAGGUGGCCGCGCUGCGGCAGGUCGGCGUCCGGGGCGCGCUCGGCAUCGACCUGGCCCCGGCACCGCCGCUCGUCGCGCGCGGCGACUUCCACGCGCAGCCUUUCCCCGACGCCACCUUCGACUUCGAGUUCUCCAACGUCUUCGACCACGCGCUGUACCCGGACCGGUUCGCCGCCGAGGUCGAGCGCACGCUGCGACCGGGGGGCGUCGCCGUGCUCCACGUCGCCGUGCACCGGCGCGGGGACAAGUACUCCGCCAAUGACUUGCUCGACGUGCGCGGACUCGUCGGGCUGUUCCCGCGGUGCGACGUCGUGCGGGUCUCCAAGGUCGAUGCGUUUGGGCUCGACACCGAGGUUAUCCUCCGCAAGAAGGGGUCGUCUCGUCGUCGUCGUCGUCGUCUCUAG